UGUUCUGUGUCUGGGGUGCCACCCUCCCAGUGUUCUGUGUCACAAGUGCCACCUCCCAGUCUCCUGUGUCACAAGUGCCACCCUCCCAGUGUUCUGUGUCACAAGUGCCACCCUCCCAGUGUUCUGUGUCACAAGUGCCACCCUCCCAGUGUUCUGUGUCACACGUGCCACCUCCCAGUGUUCUGUGUCACGUGCCACCCUCCAGUGUUCUGUGUCACAAGUGCCACCCUCCCAGUGUUCUGUGUCACAAGUGCACCCUCAGUGUUCUGUGUCACACGUGCCACCUCCCAGUGUUCUGUGUCACACGUGCCACCCUCCCAGUGUUCUGUGUCACACGUGCCACCCUCCCAGUGUUCUGUGUACACGUGCCACCCUCCCAGUGUUCUGUGUCAAAAGUGCCACCCUCAGUGUCCUGUGUCACAAGUGCCACCCUCCCAGUGUUCUGUGUCACAAGUGCCACCCUCCCAGUGUUCUGUGUCACAAGUGCCACCCUCCCAGUGUUCUGUGUCACACGUUACACACCCUCCCAGUGUUCUGGCCAUGCACGUGCCACCCUCCCAGUGUUCUGUGUCACAAGUGCCACCCUCCCAGUGUUCUGUGUCACAAGUGCCACCCUCCCAGUGUUCUGUGUCACACGUGCCACCCUCCCAGUGUUCUGUGUCACAAGUGCCACCCUCCCAGUGUUCUGUGUCACAAGUGCCACCUCCCAGUGUUCUGUGUCACAAGUGCCACCCUCCCAGUGUUCUGUGUCACAAGUGCCACCCUCAGUGUUCUGUGUCACAAGUGCCACCUCAGUGUUUGUAACAAGUGCCACCCUCCCAGUGUUCUGUGUCACAAGUGCACCUCCCAGUCCUGUGUCACACGUGCCACCCUCCCAGUGUUCUGUGUCACAAGUGCCACCCUCCCAGUGUUCUGUGUCACAAGUGCCACCCUCCCAGUGUUCUGUGUGUCACAAGUGCCACCCUCCCAGUGUUCUGUGUCACAAGUGCCACCCCCCAGUGUCCUGUGUCACGUGCCACCCUCAGUGUUCUGUGUCACAAGUGCCACCCUCCAGUGUUCUGUGUCACAAGUGCCACCCUCCCAGUGUUCUGUGUCACAAGUGCCACCUCCCAGUGUUCUGUGUCACAAGUGCCACCCUCCCAGUGUUCUGUGUCACAAGUGCCACCUCAGUGUUCUGUGUCACAAGUGCCACCCUCCCAGUGUUCUGUCACGUGCCACCCUCCCAGUGUCCUGUGUCACAAGUGCCACCCUCCCAGUCUCCUGUGUCACAAGUGCCACCCUCAGUGUUCUGUGUCACACGUGCCACCCCCCAGUGUUCUGUGUCACACGUGCCACCCUCCCAGUGUUCUGUGUCACACGUGCCACCCUCCCAGUGUUCUGUGUCACAAGUGCCACCCUCAGUGUUCUGUGUCACAAGUGCCACCCUCCCAGUGUUCUGUGUCACACGUGCCACCCUCCCAGUGUUCUGUGUCACGUGCCACCCUCCCAGUGUUCUGUGUCACAAGUGCACCCACUCAGUGUUCUGUGUCACAAGUGCCACCCUCCCAGUGUUCUGUGUCACACGUGCCACCCUCCCAGUGUUCUGUGUCAAAAGUGCCACCCUCAGUGUUCUGUGUCACAGUGCCACCCUCAGUGUUCUGUGUCAAAGUGCCACCCUCCCAGUCUCCUCUGUCUACAAGUGCCACCCUCCCAGUCUCCUCUGUCACAAGUGCCACCUCCCAGUGUCCUGUGUCAAAGUGCCACCCUCCAGUGUCUGUCAAAGUGCCACCCUCCCAGUCUCCUGUGUCACAAGUGCCACCCUCCCAGUGUCCUGUGUCACGGUGCCACCCUCCCAGUGUCCUGUGUCACAUGCCACCUCCAGUGUUCUGUCACAAGUGCCACCCUCCCAGUGUUCUGUGUCACAAGUGCCACCAUCCCAGUGUUCUGUGUCACAAGUGCCACCAUCCCAGUGUUCUGUGUCACAAGUGCCACCCUCCCAGUGUUCUGUGUCACAAGUGCCACCCUCAGUGUUCUGUGUCACAAGUGCCACCCUCCGAAUCUCCUGUUUCUAUAUCAUUCUCAACCUGCUUUUUCUGUGUCUGUCUCUUGUGUAUG